UUAUUUCUAUAGUGCGAUUUUCUACAACACGAUGUUGCACAGGAAUGCUACUAUUGCAUUAUAGCAGAACUGACUGUAAACCACAACUACUGGUUCCCUCUUAUCAACUCUACUGGACACAUCACUGAAAAAUUCCAAUGUAAAUACAUACUGUCUUUACCCAAUCCUGCAACUGUCUUCCAAAUGUUCUGCAGUUUAGUUUUUUGUAAUAGAUUUAAAGUACCUUCGAUAUUGAAAGGGCUACAGUAUAAUUUUUGUUUGGGGAGAGGGGAGAAAACAGAUUUCAGUGGUAACGUUAUAAGGAUUGUCCACUUCAGUCAACGCGGCGCCUUUAUAAAGGUCCUCGAUUAAAUUUCGCCAGUUCUGCAGAAACCGCCAUUGGUAUUGAAGGGAUUGCUCCGCCCCUGUUCCCGCUUCAGUUUGGGUCUUAGCCAAAGCGACCUUCACUUUGCACAGGGUUGUCUCUAAAAGGGAAAUUGAAAAAUACGGCACUUAGCAAUUCAAAGUCAACAGACGGUAUAAAAGUCUGAUUUGGUUAAUCUCCCGCCCUCUCCUGUUGAGCAAAGAAUUUUCCCUUUCCAUUGUGAACCAGAAUAGAUCCUCGAGAAUUACUCUCUGAAAUUUCAAUUUAAAGUUUUUUUUUAAGUGAGAGUUCCAUUUAUUUAAGGCCGACCCAUUGAACCUGCGUGCGUUUUGUUCAAAAUUACAUUAUUUGGAUGAGGAUUUUUUUAAGGGCAAAGGAAAAGGCAAGUGACGCGGGGAAAGCUGAGCUGUCUCCUCCUCUGAAGAACAGACGCAGUUUGCAUGUACAGCCGGAGAGCUGCCUGAUUCCUUCAAGAAAGGGGCAACAGGCGGCACCGAGACCCCGCUCGCCUCCUCCAUCCUUCUCUCCGCCGACCCUCAGUGAUCACCAUGAAACCCGUCGGCUUCCCUUACCUCGGGCUGUUGUGCGCGACUCUCGUUUCGUGUCAGCUCCCACCAGGAAAAAGGAACUUUAAAUGUGGAGGAAUACGAAGUGGAGAGUCAGGUUUUAUUGGAAGUGAGGGAUUCCCUAGACUCUACCCGCCCAACAGUAAAUGUACUUGGAAAAUCACGGUACCAAAAGGCCGCGUGGUGGCUCUCAAUUUUCGCUUCCUCGAUCUAGAACGGGACACUCUCUGCAGAUACGAUUACAUUGAUGUCUACGAUGGGCACAUCAAUGGCCAGCGGUUGGGCAGGUUUUGUGGUACUUCAAAGCCUGGAGCCAUCAUCUCAACCGGCAACAAGAUGAUGGUACAGAUGGUAACUGAUGCCAACACUGCAGGAAACGGUUUCGUUGCUAUGUACUCUGCAACUCGGCCAAACCAGAGAAAUGAUCAGUUUUGUGGUGGUCGUUUGGAAAAAUCACCUGGUUCCUUCAAAACACCCAACUGGCCAGACAAUGAUUACCCAGCUGGAGUCUCCUGCUCAUGGCACAUUGUGGCACCCAAACAUCAGAUAAUUGAGUUAAAGUUUGAGAAGUUUGAUGUUGAAAGAGAUAACUACUGUCGCUAUGAUUAUGUUUCUGUAUUUAAUGGUGGUGAAAAUGAUGAAGCAAAACGGAUUGGAAAAUACUGUGGCGACAGUCCUCCAGCGUAAGUGAUUAAAGCAGUGAAACCUACCAUACCCCCGUGCCAACUCAAGUGUAAAAAAACUGGAACCCUGCACAGUAAUUACUGUGCUAGUGACUUCGUGUUAACUGGCACAGUUAUAACUGCUAUAACACGCAAUGGCAGUAUUCACACCACCAUCUCUGUUAUAAAUAUUUUCAAAGAGGGCAGAAUGGCAAUUCAACAAGCAGGGAAAAACAUGAGCGUCAAAAUAAUUUCAGUCUGUAAGAAGUGUCCAAUCAUUAAACGAGGACUGAAUUACAUUUUCAUGGGUCAAGUAGAUGAAGCAGGCAGAGGUCACGUGCUUCCUAAUAGCUUUGUCAUGCCCUACAGAUCAAAGAACCAAAGGUUUUUGAACAACGUAAAGAACAGACGAUGCUAA